GAUAGAUCGAUUUUACCAGUCUAGCCUCACCAUGCCAAAAAUGCAGGUAGGUGCGUUUGCCCCUCACUUAGCGCGUUUUCUGCCGUUUGGGUUCGGGUUCGGGUUCGCGGUUCGGUCUCCUUGCAGACACGCCGGCCAGUGCGUGACGUUCCAGUCACGCUUCCCAGCAUCCAGUCCAUCGCGGGGCAAUUUCCAUUCCAGUCUUUUAUGUACUGUUCUGCUAAUAAUCCACUGCAAGCCUAUUUUGAUCCUUCAAGUACCAUACCAGAAAUCUUUGAGCAGGCUCACUAACCUUAGCUUGUGUAGCCAGCAAAAAGAAAGAGAGUAAAAAAUCAACUCUCGGCUCAGCUUGACACCGCACAGCCAUCAACAUCAUCAAAUCAAACCAGACAUCAUGGCGGAACCGCGGGCGUCCAUAUCACCACCGUCUACCAUCCCUAAUCUCAAGGACAAAUUGCCCAAGCUGGAACCCAGGCGCCGGAGAGCUCCGCCAUCUAACCCGGUGGCUGUUCCAGACACUCCGCCGUUGCCAUCACCUCCCGAACCCUCUUCGCUUGCAUACAAAGUCCCGUCAAGGAGAAUUCUCUCUGUACAAGACCACGCGUUAUUCUUGGCGUCACCUGCUUACAACCUCAUCUUGGCCUUCAUCUUUGGCCUCUCAGACGCUGUCGAAGACACUCCUAUAUCGUCCGUUAGGGAUCAUGAUCUGAGUGACCCUGUCAAAGCCAUUCUGGAAGUUCUGGAUGAGGCGCAAUCUUUAGUCCAAGACACACCACCUGAUGAUACCGGUGGCUCCAGAUUUGGAAACAAGCUCUUCCGGUCGUUCCUCGACAAGACCCAGUCGGCUAGUGCUUCGUGGCAUCAGAAACUUGGUGUCACUGCACAGGAUGCCAUCGCCGAGGUCGAGACGUAUCUGUUGCAGUCUUUUGGCAACCGCGCGCGCAUUGAUUAUGGAUCAGGCCAUGAACUUAACUUUAUGAUCUGGCUGCUGUGUUUGUAUCAGUUGCAGAUACUUAAGGUUUCCGAUUUCAAAGCGAUCGUCCUUAAGGUCUUUGUCCGUUACUUGACAUUGAUGCGCACAAUCCAGUCAACAUACUAUCUUGAACCAGCUGGCUCACACGGUGUUUGGGGGCUUGAUGACUACCAGUUCCUGCCAUUUCUAUUUGGUGCAAGCCAACUACUCCACCAUUCCUUCAUUACGCCGCUGGCAAUACAUCAGCAGCUGACCCUGGAAGAGUUUGGUCACGACUUCAUGUACCUUGGUCAGGUCGACUUCGUCAACGCCACGAAAACCGUUAAAGGCCUACGAUGGCAUAGUCCUAUGCUGGACGACAUAUCAUCGGCCAAGAACUGGGAAAAGAUUGAGGGUGGAAUGAGGAAAAUGUUUGUAGCUGAGGUGUUACGAAAACUUCCCGUUAUGCAACAUUUUCUCUUUGGUUCACUCGUUCCGGCUACAGACGGGAUGAGUACAGAAGAAGAAGCCGGUGUAUCACGAGAAGAAGACGAGACGGAGGGCGGCGCCAUCAUGGUCGAACAUAAUGGUGUUAAGCAUCUUCAUCAGCUAAACUCAUGGGGAGAUUGUUGUGGAAUCAAGGUGCCGAGCAGUAUUGCCGCAGCUCAAGAAAUGAAGAAGCGAGGUGGAGGAGAGACCUUCCGCAGGAUCCCCUUUGAUUAGGUAACACCAUUCAUUAGGUCUAGUAAUCAAAAGACAAAUAAACCAGAA